AUGUCGUCGAUAUCGCCCACCGAGCGGUCGCGUAAAUCGGGGCGGCGGAAGAGCUUGGUCUCUGAGAAGAAAGAGUUCACCGUGCCUGUUGAGCUGUACGUUUCAGCGAAGGCCGCUUCGGCUCUGCGAAAGCCUGCUGUACUGUACAGGAGAAGCCAGGAUAGGCUGGACAAGCCGGGUGAACCGUCCAGGCUGAACGUACGCAGCUCUGCGGAAGGCACUGCCAGGAAAGUCAAGGAGAAGUCAAGCUGGCUGAGUCUGGGUCGCAAUUCUCUCGCUACUGGCCAGUGGAGAGUGGCCACUUGUAAGCUGAUGGAAGAGGACGAAUCUCCCGUCCUGAACGUCUAUUUAGAUGGAGCGUUGUACCAGUCCGUCUACGUCUAUGCGCUGAAUCAUACUGAUAUCCGGCCAAUUCACCACUCUCUCUUCGACUGCAAGGACUGCCUCGGCAUAUACUGCGUCGCCGGACAGAUGUGGUGUGCAUCCCCCAUCGCCGAGCCCACCUUCCUCCAUUUCCCCGACAGUGGCACGAUGCACCUCUGGCUCUCCCUCCUUCGCGCACAUGCUGUACCCGAGGUCUACGGUCGCUGGCUCGCACCAGCAGACGGUGGACUCUAUCGCAUGUGGCGCCAAGUCGAGCUCACGUGCCUUGAGGGCAGGAACCUCGGCGCCCCGCGCAACAUCCCCGCAUCCUCGUCCGCGAUAGACGACCUCACGGCUCCUUCACUGGGCGACGAGCACGAUGGUGGGACGGACGCGCUGGACAUGGAUGUGUACUGCGAGAUUUUCGUGAACGGGUGCUUGUGCGGGCGGACGACGGUCAAGCGUGGGAUUGGCGCGCCGGACUGGCAGGAGCGGUUCACGUUUGCAGACCUGCCUCCGUUCGAGAAUUUGGAGAUUGUGGCAUGGAGGGAGAAGAAGUUGACAAAACCGACGAUGCUGGGUGCGGUGCUCAUCGUGCUGGUCAACUUCAGGCGGGGGGAGCAUGUGGAGGGCUGGUUUCCUGUGCUGCAUAGCACGUCAUCUGCGAGUAUGCAGGCAGGAGAGCUACGGCUGCGCAUAAGGGUGGAAGAAGAGAUCAUCCUUCCCUACUCCGCAUAUGCUGGAGUGCUUCAGACGUUUAGCUCUCGGAACAGCUUAGAUUGGAUGUCCGACCUGGAGUCGAAGCUCAAACUCAAGCACAUCUCGAAGAACAUCAUAUCCAUCGCGAUCGCCAAGAACGUCCUCGUCAACGACAUAAUGGAAAUCGCCGAUCGCGAAGUUGACGGCACUCUGUCAUCGCACAAUACGCUCUUCCGAGGCAAUACCGUGCUCACCAAGACCAUGGAGCUCUUCAUGUCGUGGUAUGGCGCAGAGUUCCUUGAGGCGAGCGUCGGCCCGACGAUUCGCCGUCUGUGCUCUGAGAAGGUCGCGAUCGAGGUCGACCCCGCGCGCAGCGGGAAGGGCACGAAGAGCACGGAGAAGAACGUCGAGCUCCUCGUCCAGUGGUGCCAGACGUUCUGGGACUGCAUUUACAAUGCGCGAGAAUUGUGUCCACCCGAGAUGCGGAAGCUGUUCCAACAUAUUCGAUCACUGGUAGAGCAGCGAUAUCAGGUCAGCGACGAGGUCAACAAAGAACUGCCGUGUCAGAGCGUGUCAGCGUUCUGCUUUUUGCGCUUCAUCGUUCCUGCGAUAUUGCAUCCGCAUUUAUUCGGCAUAUGGCCAGGCAUGCCUGAAGUCCGUGUCCAGCGUAGCCUCACCCUUGUGGCAAAAGUCAUUCAAAAUCUGGCGAAUUUAAAUGCUACCGUCCACAAGGAAGGUUUUAUGCGUGGCGUCAAAGAUUUUCUCUUGAGCAGCUUGAAGGGCAUGACUGUUUACAUUAUGAUUGUAUCAACACCAGAUCCAAGUCAGACCGACCAACCAACAGGCACAUCCGUGGAAGCGCACGAGCGUGCGGCUAUCAUGAACGCCAUUCGCCAGCGUGGUGCUUCUUCCCCCAUACUCUACCGCGAGGCGACACCCGUCCUUCCACAUCUUCUUGAUCUUCCCAAACACCUCGCAGUGAUAACCGCUGUCGUCGUGCGCUACUCCCGCUCACACGGCUACACCCCUUCGCGAACACCUUCAGGCGACUCCCAUCCCUUUGAUGAAUUCUGUUUGAAAUGCUUGGAGGUAGAAGAGCAGGCUCUGUACCGCGUCAGUCAGCUCGCCAGCCGGCCUCGGCACCACAGCUCCAGCCAACCCAGUAACUCCUCUCCUCUCGCUACGAACAUCCCGCUACCUCCCUCUCCGUCUUCUCCCGCCAAGGUUCCUCAUCGCAAUCGCAACCUCACACCGUUCCGAAGCCGCGUGCAGAGGAAGAAUGCCCGCCCUGCCACAGCGCCCGAUGACUCCGAGUUCUCUCAUUAUGCACAGCCCUCCUCCGAUGCAUCUGUCCCUGUGAGUCCAAUCAGCGACCAGCCAGGUCAGUGCGCGCACUCUCAAUCUGUGCCUCAAACGAGCAGAUCCGUCGAUGAGAUACGGACGAGGCCGCGGUCAUCACAUAUGCCACGAGCUCCCUUCCAUCAUCAGCUGCGAUCCUCAUCGACCGAUUCUGCCCUCCUGAGCAAGAGCAAGUCCGAUCAGCUUUCCCUCAGCUCCAGUCCGACGAAGGAUGCUCUCUCUGAUGGGAUAGAUGACGUGCAAAGAAAGCGGAAAAGCCUCUUCCACGGGUUCCUGGCUCGACGAUGA